AUGGAUCCUUACCACAACUACGGCCACCCGAACCAGGGCCCGCCCGGCCACCCGGGCAUGAACAACGGCGGCGGCCACCCGGGCAUGAGCAACGGCGCUGGCCACCCGGGCAUGCCCGGCCGCCCCAUGGGCAUGGGCCUCCCCGCGCUCAACCAGUCGGGCAUGCCGAUGAUGUCCGACCUUGGCAUGGGCUUUGACGGCUCGAGCUUCAUGCAGCAUGGCGGCUACAUGGGCCAAGGCAUGCCAUCGAUGGUGCCGCCGCCCAUGAACGUUGCACUAACGCCCGUCUCGACGACGUCGAGCCAGUCGCCGAUGCCAGCUGCGACCGGUGGCGCCAAGGCCAAGAAGGCGCCGGCCUCCAAGAAGCGCAAGGCGCCGCCGAGCGACACGCAGUCCAACCGGACGCGCCGACAGCCGUCGUCGGCGACUGGCACGGGCACCGCCGCCGACACGGAGGAGCAGCGCAAGGCGCGUCGCCGCGAGCAGAUUGCCAAGGCCGCGCGCAAGCAUCGCCAGCGUCAAAAGGACGAGCUCGUCGCGUUGCGCGAGAAGGUCAAGGACCUCAAGGAGCAAAUCGAGGUGCUC